AUGGAGCACUCUCUGCUAUACAGACAAGACGAACUGUUCCAUCUUUUUGUGUCCAACAUCCACCUGUCUCUGUGUUUCCAGGCUUUAGACCUCACUAUCGCCAAAGAUGAACGUCUCGCUGUCGGCUUCUUCCAGAGAGCAGCAGUGAUGAUGCAGAUUGACAGGUUGGAGGAAGCUCUGUCUGACUGUAUCUGGGCACAGAAGCACAUGAGAGGAAACACGGUCAUCGACUACAGGCAGCUGGGACUGAGAUUCAAACUGUACAGCUGGCAGGUGUUGUAUAAUGCAGCAGCUGUGUACUGUCGGAUGGGCCAAUGGGAGCAGGCCAGGGAGGUUCUGCUGUCAGCCUCCCAGGAGAGAGGAGGAGUUCGGGGGGGAAACAUAGAGGCGGCUUUGGACAGCGUCCUGAGGGAGGAGGUCCUGGCUCCUCUGCUGGUGCCUGACAACGUGGUGUUUCGUCCCAGGAAACAGGAUGUGGAGCAGCUGCAGCAAAGAGACUUCCUGGGCAAAGCAAAGGUGAUUUCAUCCAUGAUUCCCAAUGAUGACUUUGGAGGCUUUGAACCUCUGAGGCUGCAGAAACCUGGUUUCUAUGAGCCCAAGGUGGAUGGAGCUCAGGAUUCUCGAUACAUGCGUAUGCGAGUUCCUUACAUGGCCCGAGGGCCUCAAGAGCUAACGGUGCCGGGGGGGGCCAUGGUGUUUUUAUUUGGCGAGGAAGACAGGGAUGGGAUGGCAACUGUCAUAUAUGAUGGACAGAGAGGACUUCUUCCAAUGUCUCUGCUCGAUCCUGCCGAUGUCAAGACGUCAAAAGGCAAAAUGGAGAAUAGAGUUCCCAGUGGGAUCCCUCUCCCACCGGGACUGAAGCCCCCGACCCGCCCAAAGGCCCAGCCCAGCCCUGCAGCUCCUCCUCGAGUGAGUUUUUCCUCAGACACUCCACCUCCAUCCUACUCCACUGCCACCCGUGCACCGGCCUCAGCCUCAGAGCCCCCCCAGUACACGGACAACCCAACCAGAAACCAGCAUGCUGAUGAGGCUCAGGGAGCGGAGGCGGGCUCUGUGCUGGUGAAGGUCCACUUCACGUACACAGUGGCUCUAUCUGUCCCUCUGGAAACAACUAACCAUGAAAUAAAGGAUUGCAUCGCACAGAAACUGGGCCAGCCUGCGUCUCAGCUGCGCCUCAGUGCAGCUGAGGACAGAUGUACAGCAGCCAGGUGGAGUGUGGAGUGGGACAUACAUCUGGCUAUCAUCAGCAUAACAGUGGAAUGCGAUGCCAUGCUUUCUAAGUAUGGACCCAAGAGGGAGCAAAUAGAGGGAGAAUAG